UACAAAGACCGAGUGGACUGGUUUAAGGACAUUCAUAGUUUCAUUUGAUAAGCGUUUAUCUAUUAAAAUUACGUUAAGUGUGAUCAGUUAAUUGCGAUAGUCGUUUCAGUGGAUAUUGUGGGCCCAUUCAAUGCUCUCCAUUCUGAACUAGGUGGAAAUAAAGCCAAAGUGUGUUGUUUUUACUAGACUCUUUUAUGUGUCGACCUAACAUUUCUGCAUAUUAAGUCUGGAAAAAUUAAUUAUGACAGUCUUAACAAAUUAUUCGGAGGCGAACUAAGAUGGCGGAUAGAUCUUAAGCUGUUGUUGGCCCGAAGUGGUGGAAGCUGAUCAGCGUAUUAUAAUAGGCAAAAUGUUUGACCACGUAGCCAGCAGCUCUCUGGGCAGUGACAUGGGGGCACAUGAGGAAGAGAUGGCGGGUCGUUGGGUGGUCGUCCUGGGCUCAUUCUUCGUCCAGUUCCUCGUGUGUGGCAUCACAUACAGCGUUGGAAUCUUCCAUGUGAUGUUCCAGGAUGUGUUCGGGGAGAACCACUUUGACACAUCUUGGGCAGGCUCUAUUCAGAUCUACACCACUGCACUGUCAAGCAUUGUGUUCCGCUGCUUUAUGAGCCGCUUUGGAAGUCGAGUGUGCGUAAUGCUGGGUGGGCUGGUGUCAGCAGGAGGCCUGGCCCUGUCAGUGUUCGUGAACGACAUACAUCAGCUCUACCUUACGUAUGGACUCAUGACAGGUGUAGGGUUCGGGCUCGCUUGCACGCCGUCGAUAAUGAUAAUUGAGCAGCAUUUCCAGAAGAAGCGUUUCCAGGCGCUGAGCGUCGCAGUGGGCGGUAUUGGACUGGGCAUCAUCGCGUUCCCGUUCAUCAUCAAACAUCUGAUGGAGUACUACGCCUGGAGGGGAACCCUUCUGGUUCUGGCCGGAUUCUCGUUCAACCUGUGCGUCUGCGGCGUACUGAUGUUCCCCUCCCAUAAGAGGAAGCCUGCGCGGUUGAUGCCGCUGUUAUCGUGCAUGCCGCUCAGGAAUCCGAUAUUCCACGGGAUGUGCAUCAGUAACUUCUUCUGGAGCUUUGGGUCAACCAUUGUUUACAUGUACCUCCCCGCCUACGCCAUUCAUGAAAACACAAACCUGCAGAACUCGUUCUUGCUAGUGGCUUGUAUCGGAGUUGCUAGUUUUAUUUCUCGGACUUUAUUCGCGUUCAUGGGCAGGAAAAGUGCACUGGAUGAUGUUACAGCACUUCUUUGCUCGGUGGCAAUUGGUGUGGUUCUGACCGGUAUUUCCAAGCGUUUGUUUGAGAACUACGCUGGACAGAUUGGCUAUGCGCUACUGUUUGGGUUCUAUGGCGGCUACUGGACGACAUUCCUCUCCCAGGUUUCCAGGGAGUUGGUAGGACCGGAGUAUGUUGCCAUGGGUAACGGCUAUCUCAGCUUCAUGAUAGCCGUUGGCGGGCUUGUGGCUGGACCAUGUGCUGGCAUUCUGAUCCAGGAAGAGAAGCAGUUCCACUAUGCCUUCUACAUGGCAGGUGCCUCGUUGAUAUGGAGCAACGUGAUACUCCUGCUGUUCAAGUUCAAGAACUGCGGGCCGCUACCCUCGGCCGAGGAGUCGUGCGGACCAAGAAAGGUGCCGCUUCUCGAUGAGGAGCAGUACGAACCCGUGAAGGUCAAGGCCACCGCAAAUGGCCAGACAUUAAUCUGCAAUCCUAAUGAAUUGAUCCAGUCACCUGAAACAGAUAUUUAACUUGGAAGGUAUUGAAAAUCAAAACAAUGUUGUAUCUCGAGUCAUUUUGUAGUUGUCUCGUAGUUUUUUAUUGGUUUACACUUUUUUCCUUCUGUUUAUUGGUGCUAUUAUUUUAACUCAAUGACUUUCGCUUAACAGGAGUUUUACUACUUUUAGUGAGUAGUAAAGUACUAAUGAACAACAGCAGAGAUGUGAAAAAAAAAAAUUGUUCCGGUAAUGGCACAAAAAUAAAAUAUUAAAAGAUAACAUGAACUAAAAACUCACUAACUUAGACUUAAUGCUGCUUUUAUAAUUGUUUAAUUAGCACAGUUGUAUCAUCUGAUUCGUCACUAAAGCAAUUGUUUUACUUGACCAUUUAUAGCUACAGCAAAGUGGAUAAUCUUCUGAUCACUUUGUGGUUGCCUAGAUGAUUUGUUGCCUAUAUGAUUUGUGUCAUUUUUAAAUGAUCCAUGAAGCCAUAUCACUUUUGUCAUCAAAUUUCCCAAAACUGCUGUUUAUUUUAAAAAUAAUUUACAUGUUUGCCCUCUUGUUUUCUGGUGACAUACAGGGAACAGCUUCACUUUUAUUUUGCUUGUGAUCUUACCUUUUGAAAUUGAAGGAACUAUAGCAUAUUGCAUGUACACAUCUAUAUUUGUAGUGCAUGGGUGAUAUUUAUUCAAUAGAUAAUGAUUAUGCAACAGUCAUAACAUACUUGGCAAGGGCUUAAUUUUUAUGUCCCCCACUAUAGUAGUGGGGGACAUAUUGUUUUUGCCCUGUCUGUCUGUUGGUCUGUUUGCGCCAACUUUAACAUUUUGCAAUAACUUUUGCUAUAUUGAAGAUAGCAACUUCAUAUUUGGCAUGCAUGUGUAUCUCAUGAAGCUGCACCUUUUGAGUGGUGAAAGGUCAAGGUCAUCCUUCAAGGUCAGAGGUCAAAUAUAUGUGGCCAAAAUCGCUCAUUUUAUGAAUACUUUUGCAAUAUUGAAGAUAGCAACUUGAUAUUUGGCAUGCAUGUGUAUCUCAUAGAGCUGCACAUUUUGAGUGGUGAAAGGUCAAGGUCAAGGUCAUCCUUCAAGGUCAGAGGUCAAAUAUAUGUGGCCCAAAUCGCUUAUUUUAUAAAUACUUUUGCAAUAUUGAAGAUAGCAACUUGAUAUUUGGCAUGCAUGUGCAUCUCAUGGAGCUGCACAUUUUGAGUGGUGAAAGGUCAAGGUCAUCCUUCAAGGUCAAAGGUCAAAUAUAUGUGGCCCAAAUCGCUUAUUUUAUGAAUACUUUUGCAAUAUUGAAGAUAGCAACUUGAUAUUUGGCAUGCAUGUGUAUCUCAUGGAGCUGCACAUUUUGAGUGGUGAAAGGUCAAGGUCAAGGUCAUUCUUCACAAGGUCAAAGUCUACCUUCAAGGUCAAACAUCAUUUAGGGGGAUAUUGUGUUUCACAAACACAUCUUGUUCAAUGUUGAAAUAAGUGAUCUUAAUUUGUAAAUCUAAACAUCUGUUGGAAUACAGUUUGGUGCUCUCAGUGAGAUUGUGUAGAAAUUGUUAAGCUGCAUACAUUUUUUUUUGACACAAUUUCUUUUAUUUUUCUCACCACAAAGUUGUCAUUUUUUCUCCACAAAGUUUGUAUUUUUUUCCUCACAAAGUUUUCAUGUUUUCUUCAGGCAGUAAUUAAUAAGUUUUAUAAGUAUGUCCAAUGUGUGUUUCAUAGUUAUACUUACGUCACUAGUGUCAGAUUAGCUCAUACAGGUAUAUCAUCAACAGCGAUGGCAUUUUUCAGCUUUGGGAGAGUAGUUUGAUGAACAAGUAAAAUGUUGGUAACAUUGUUACCAUCAUUUAUAAUUAACGUUUUAUAUAUGAAAAGUAUUACUGGUACUUUACAAAGGACAAGUAAGGCAAAAUGAUAUAAUACUAGGCUAAUGCUGUAUAGAGCUAUAUUAACUCUUUCCCACUCAGAAACAAAGUGUUAAAAUAGCUAUGGGCAAACAUCAUAAAACCAGAACAGGCUGCGAGUAACUCGCAUUCUGUUCAGGUUUUAAACUGUUUGCUGCUCUUUAGUAUCUAAGGGUUGAAAAUGAAGCCUUCCAAACUUGAAUCUAGUAAGAAUUGUCUUUAAUUAAAUGAGACUUUAAAAGGGACUACAAAUGCCUCAAAAUAUUAUCUAAAGUGGUGAAGGGUUAAGUAAGCUAGGUUCAGAAAACCUGACCCUCAAGUUUAUUCCUUCAUUUAUACAGCUGUAUUUUUUCUUGAAUGCAGCUUGAAUGAUUGGAUGACUUAGUGUUUUUCCACCUCUAAUCAAAUAGAUAUUGCAACAUAGUCUAAUAUGUAGACUAAUUUCUGUUUUUUUCAAUUGCAGAUCCUCUUUUGUCAGUAGUUUGUAACCCCUCCACCCUGUCCUCCUGCACUGUAACCCUCCAGCACUGAGCCGCACUGCAAUAUGAAUAUGUCACAAUGGAAGCCAGACAUGUCUGCCUCUUAACUCACCAUGUAGACUAACACAACGCCGCUGAGCUGCACUGCACAUGUAUACAGUUCAUAUGUUGCCAUGGAAGCUAGGCUCGUCCGUGUCUUAAGUCAUGGGUAGACUUAUCUUGAUUUGUAAAAUCAGUCUGUUGCCCAGAAUGUUACUGUCUAUUAACAACUCUAGUAUGCUUAUGUAUACUCACUGAUUUCUUGUAGAGAAUCAGGGCUGGUGUUCACAAAACAAUUUAAAGACAGCUUAAUAUAAGAUGUACUUAAGUGAAAAUGUGAGAUCAAAAUGAUGCAGUUAUCAUCUUGUUAGGAAAAUUACUUGUUUACAACAAUUUUAUGUAAACGUAUUUUAUAUUGAACUCGCUAGAGAUGUUGGGAUUUAAAAAUUUAUUUUCAUGCAUUUAAGAUAUUUAUUGAAAUUUUGUUUUAGAAGUUUUGUUUAAAAAAGGCCCUAUGCAUUUGUAACUUAAAUUUAAGGAUCAUGGUUUUACAACAAAUGGUAAAGUAUGUCAUAUCUAAAUUAUAUGUUAAAAUCUUAUUGUUUUGUGUGGGAAAUACAUACAUUCCAACAACAUAUAAAAACAUGAUAAAUUUCAUGAUUUUAAGAUGAGUUUACCUAAAAUUACUCUAGGUAGCUUUGUGAAUGCUGUUCCCUGAUUCUGAAAUGUUAGCAAACAAAUAGUGUCUUGGGGAUACAAAAUGCUGAUUAAUAUAAGAGCUUGAGAUUAAGUUUCAAUAUUGACCAGAACUAUUUAAUUCAUAAAGAGUGUUUAUGUAAAAGUUGGUAAGGUACUUACAUGGCACUUUUGAGUUAUUCUGUUUUAUUCUGGUAUUUGUUUAUUUCUCUUUGAGAAUCCAUUCCUGCGAAGUACAACUUUAAGAGUUGAUUCUCUCUAUUCAAGUUAUGCAUUAUAAACAAGUUAAGUCGGAAUACAAAGGGAAUACUAGUAUAUUUUUAUAAGCUUUUGUUGUGAUUUGUCUAUUGCAAUAAACAAUUUAUUAUGAGUUUAGCUUAAAUUAUGUUCUAAAAAAUACAAUACUAAUUAAUCAUUAGAAUUAAAAUAUAUAUUGAAUAAAUGUUUGUAUUUUAUCCAUGACAUCUUAGGCGAAUACAAUCAUGCUUUGCUAAUGAAUGUGUUUUGUGUUUGUUUUCCAAUUUCUUGAACAAUUAAUGGAAGUUUAUAAAAAUAAUUUUGCUUAAUUAUACUGGUGUUAACCACUUAGCGAGGAGACUCUUUUCUUCAAUUCAUUAACAUGUUACUUGAUUGCCCUUGUUUUGUGUUGGGCUUUUCAAGUACUUGCAGUGAAUUCUUACCUUUAUUAGUGUUUCUUACUUAAACAUUAUAUUGUUAUUUGUAGUGCACAUUCAUGUUAUCAUUAUAGUUCUUGUGUUAGCGAUAGUUACUGGUCAUCAUUUUACAUACAUGUUAGUGACUGGAUUUAUUGUUUCCUGUAGCUAUUUUCAUUUGCUGUCUGGCUGUACAUUUGUUGCAAGUCAGAGGUUGUUUAAAAAAAAGAGAAGGCAUUGAGUAUAAAAUAUGUUUGAAUAUGAAUGCCCUUUCCUGAAAGGUUCGGACUACUUUUGGGUAAAUAAGAAACACCUUAACAUAUGUGAAUUUCAUUAUGCAAAACACAUAUGUAGUAAAAGUAAAAACUUAAAUUGAUGUUAUUAAGGUUAUUUUUAUUAACAAAAAGGAAUAUUCUAUUGUUGCUAUUUGUUUUGGUUAUACAGGGAAAGGUUAAGACUAAUUGUUUCCUAUCUAUGUUGAAGCCGUUAUGUAUUGCAUUUCUGUAUGUGUUAAAUAUUGGGUAGUAUUAUUAUUGUCAGAUGAUGAUUGUAUGUAUCACUUUUUAUUGAUGUUUGUUGUGAAUAAAUUACAUGUAAAUUGUUUAAUGUUUUAAUGAAGCUUUCAAUAAAUCUGGUCAGAAUGUGAUGAUGCUUUAAAGAUUUUUGCUGUGGUUUGCCAAUAAGACUUUUUUUUGUCGUUCUAUUGCAAACAUAAUUAUAGUGAAUUUUGUCAUAGCCCUCAUAAUUGGCAUGAAUUGUUUGGUGAAUCAAAUUAACUCAAUGUGAAACAAAUAAUGAUGAAUAUCGCAUGCAUUUUGAAACUGAAAAUAAGAUUUUUAUGUUUUCAAAAAAGCGGAAAAUGAAAACAAUUGUAUCAGGAAAAUAAGCUCUCAAGGAAACUUGUUGUGUACGAGCAAGGAUAUUUUGAGUACUACAAAUUUACUACUGUAAUUUGUUGUCUCUCGUUUAGGAUAAAAAAUUCUAUCACUGUGUAUCAAUAGUAGUUUUCAUAGACAAUUGUCUUAUGAACACUAAUUUAUUAAUUGUUCUUAAGACUCAAAUUUCAAAUCCAGAAUGUAUACAUUUCUGAAUGGAUUUGCGCAUCUGUCUCUUGCAAUUUGCCAUAGUGUGUGUUGUUAUUUACAUCAUAGUACUGUUGUUAAUAGAAGCUCUCUUCGUUGUCACAUUUAUUGUUGUGUUAUAUUCAAUUUUAACACAUUUAAACAUGUCAUUAAAAAUUAAAAUAUUUUAUUUGAAGUAUUUAGGCAUUUUCAGAUUGUUGCUUUUAUAUUUUCAUUUUAUGUUAUGAUUAGUGUUUAUUUUCUUUACAUUUAUGGUAUGAAUUAAAACAGGUUGUAGAUGAAAAUGAAUUAAAACAGGUUGUAGAUGCACGUUUUAAAUACUUUGUGUAGGUUAAUAUGUAUAUAUGGAUAAGCUAUUGGCCUUACCGUUUAUGACAACGGACAGUUUAACCGUUUAAAAUACCGCUGUUGCAGUUUGAACACAUACAAAACAUAUAUCUAGAAAUGAAACUGGUUUUUGUUGAAAUGUUAUGAUUAUUUCUGCAUGUUAAUACUCAUCUUUGAAAAUGAUAAAACUAUCUAUACAUCA